UUUAGUUGGUUCUGAUGGUGGAAAUUGAGUUUUACAAACGUACGGGUGGCCGGCCGGAGGUCGAUUAUUAAAUCGUUUGCUUAUUUGAUUUUGCACGAACGCGCUUCCUACCAUUAAAUAUAUACCGAGUUAAAAUAGGCAACGCUAAAUGGUCAUUUUACCAUUAUAAAUCAAUUAUUUGCGAAAGAGCACACCGCGGAGUAAUUUUCGGCAAUUUUUUUAGUGCGCACUUUUUAUUUUCUAAUAGUUAUUAUAACCCGAGUAUUUAGAGUGUUCGUUUAGGGUGUCCUGUGUAGCGAGAGUAACAAUUUACUGAUUCAACCAAAGUCACGUCGAGUUACAAAAGAUGGUUAAUCAAUGCUGAUCUAACGAGAUAUAGAAGAAUUUAAACGUUAUAUUGUUAUAAAUCUGUUAAGAUGGAUAGCGGACAAGAAGAGAACAGAAGGAGUAACCCAAGAGAAAGGGCCAAUUUGUUUUCCUUCUUAACUUUUGCAUACACUUUUGGCUUAUUCAAGAGAGGCCUUAAAGGAAACCUGCAAGAAGCUGACAUCUACGCUAUCCCAGAAGAUUGUGAUUCCAAGUACUGCGGUGACAAAACAGAAUUGGAAUGGAAACAGAAUAAAACCUUAAUAAAACUGCUAUGGAGGAGAUUUGGUUGGAGAUACUCCAUUUUAACGGCUUUUCACUUAUUAUGGACAAUGUUCAAUAGCAUUGUCCAUCCUCAUAUCACCAGCAAGUUUAUCUCAUACUUCCAAACAAACUCGAAAAUCAGCAGGAACGAUGCGUAUUUCUAUGCUGGAAGCGUGGUCGCUUUGGCAAUUUUCCACUGUUUUUGGGCACAUAACUAUUUCAUGCUCCAGUGCAAAUUGGAGUUACAAAUUAAGGCCUCUUUAACCUCCUUAAUAUAUAGAAAAGUUCUCAAGUUGAGGCCUGGAGAAAUAUCAGAAACAAGCAUGGGCAAUAUCGUGACCAUUUUAACCAAAGAUAUCAAACUGGUCGUCCAUAACAUCUGGACAGUAAGCGAAUUGAUUGUCGGUUCGAUCCAGACCGUUACGGUGUUUUAUUUAUUGUAUUCUAAAAUGGGUUUACCCUCCACCAUUGCCAUGGGCAUGCUAUUUACAGGAUUAGUGGUUCAAGUACUUCUAAGCAAAACCAUCACGAACAUGAGGCUCAAAGUUGGCAAAAUGGCCGACAAGAGGCUACAAUUAACGCAAGAGGCUUUAUCAGCUUUACGUAUAAUUAAAAUGUACACCUGGGAAAUGUUUUUCAAUAGAAGAAUCUAUGAGGCACGCAAAAAAGAAAUGAAGACCACCAUGACAUCUUUCUACUUGAAAAUCGUACUUAUCCUCAUUGGAAUAGUGGGUUCAAAAAUCACCUUUCCAGUCCUCCUAAUAUCCUAUGUAGCUCUAGGCUAUUCCACCAAUACGGAAUUGGUGUUCUACGUUAUGGGACUAUUUAAGGAACUACGCCAUUCAGUUGGGAUAGCAAUACCAUUAGGCCUCUCUCGCUCUGCGGAAUUUUAUGCUUCCCUCUCCAGAGUCAGCCGCAUGCUUCACAUCGAAGAGCAUUAUGCUCCCCAAGCAACAUCUGCACCUGAAGGCAAAGAAAAAGGCAAAAUCGAAUUCAAGGAAGUCAGCGUGUCGGUGGGAAAAGAGCAAAUCUUAAAACACCUAAAUCUAAGCAUUACUGAUGCCGGUCUUAAUAUUGUUACUGGGCUCGUGGGAUCUGGAAAGAGCUCCUUCUUGAAGGCUAUAUUAAGGGAUUAUCGCAUCACUAGGGGUAGCCUUAUAGUAAAUGGAUCUAUAUCUUAUGCAUCCCAAGACCCUUGGCUGUUUCCUUCAUCUAUAAAGCAAAAUAUCUUGUUUGGAUUGCCUCUGGAUCAAAAUAGAUAUAAUGAUGUUAUUAAGGUUUGUUGCUUAGAAUAUGACUUCAGCCUACUCCCCAACGGUGACGAAACAAUAGUCAUAGAUGGCGGUAUGAACCUAAGUAAGGGGCAACAAGCGAGGGUGAACCUGGCCCGAGCGAUUUACAAAGACAGCGAUAUUUACUUGUUAGACGACUCGUUGGCCGCCCUGGAUGUGAAAGUGCAAGAAGACAUUUUCCAAAAAUGUAUUAGGCAGUACCUCAAACGCAAGCUGGUCAUUUUCGUGUCUCAGAAUCCCGAAUAUUUCAAGUCUGCUGGUACUGUCAUCUUCUUGGAUAGAGGUACUGUUAAAUCCGUAUCGAAACCUGCUGAGAUAUUCAGUGAGGAUAUUGAGGAGAUCAGACAGCAAUUGACUAUAGAGACUAGUAAGGAAAAGAAGCUUAUUGAACUUAUGGAGGUUGAUAUAGAUGAUAAGAAGGUGAAGAAGAAGGUGUAUCAAGAAGAAAAGAAGAUUGGCAGUGUGGAUUUUAUUACUUAUUGGAAAUAUAUAAAAUUCGGUGGGGGAAUUGUUAUAUUUUCGCUGAUUAUGUGUAUCUAUUUGGCAGCACAGUUUACUGACAGCUAUUCUUCUAAACUGCUUUCUAAAUGGGUUGACUAUCAGCAAGAAGCAUUUGAUAUAGGAGCAGGCAACAACAUAACUUCAAAAACCAAUGAGACCCUGACAUAUGAUGAUGCAGUGAAACGGAAAGACUGGACCUUUAAUUUGUUUUCCAUACUGAUUUUUGGCUCUGCAAUAUUCUCACUGAUCAAAGCCUAUUCGAUCCUCAGGUUUUGCAGAAGGGCCUCAGUGAAAAUCCAUGAAAUCAUGUGCCAGUGCGUCAUAGGUUCUCUGAUGACCUUUAUGGAUAACCACUUCAUAGGGAAUAUUCUGAAUAGGUUCUCUUAUGAUUUGGAUGUGAUUGAUGAGCUGUACCCGUUUAUUUUUAUGGAGUUUUUUAGGAGUUUCAUAAGUAUAGGUGGAAUGCUCAUUCUGAUAGCGACCAUUAGUUGGAUAUUUUUACUGUUUGCCUUGGGUUUCUUUGUGGCAUUAUAUAUUCUUAGGAUGGUCUACAUGCCUACUGGGAGAUCUUUAAAGAGGCUUGAAGCAAUGACGAGAAGUCCCCUGGUGGGUCAUCUAAACGCCUCAGUCGAAGGCCUCACAACAAUCCGAGCAUACAAAGCCGAAGAGGUUCUAAAAAUUGAAUUCGACAAGCACCAGGACUUGGCCAAUUCGACAUACUACAUGGUAAUGACCACUUCAAGGGCGUUUGGGUAUAUUAUGGAUUUUGCAGGGGCCAUGUUUGUUGUCUUCAUCAUUGCUAUGCUGCUCUUUGCAGAAACACAUAUUUCUGUGGGUGAUGUCGGUUUGGCCCUGACACAAGUGAUGAUGCUAACGGCAUAUCUUCAAUGGGCAGUAAAGCAGUGGGCAGACCUGGAAAACUGCAUGACAUCAGUGGAAAGGGUGUUGGAGUAUACUGAGGUACAACAAGAAGAUAUGUCCGGUGGGGCAGUGAAUGAUUGGCCAAGAGAUGGUUGCAUUAAAUAUGAGAACGUCAGUCUAUCAUACAAUUCGGACAAUCGCAUUUUGAAAGAUAUCAGUUUUACUGUUAAACCCCAAGAGAAGAUUGGUAUUUGCGGUAGGACUGGGGCAGGGAAGUCUUCGAUAAUAUCCACCCUGUUUAGGCUAUACAAGUACGAAGGCAAGAUACUGAUAGACGACCUGGAUACGUCAUCAGUUUCAGUGAAUUUCUUAAGGAAAAGUAUAUCAAUCAUACCACAAGAUCCGAUUAUAUUUGAGGGAAGCAUUCGGGAAAACGUUGACCCAUACCAAAUCUACACAGACCAAGAAAUCUGGCUGGCCCUAGAAAAAGUAAAAGUGAAAGAUCUCAUUCCGUCCCUGGAUGAGGACAUAACCAAUUUGAGCUUGAGCAGUGGGCAGAAGCAACUGCUAUCGCUGGCCAGGGCCGUAAUCCGGAAGAAUAAAAUCGUCGUGUUAGACGAGGCAACGGCAAACAUGGACGAGGAGUCCGACGAACUCGUCCAUAAACUUAUUAGAGAAAACUUCUCGAAUUGUACUGUGAUAAUGAUAGCGCAUAGGCUUAGUACUAUUCUGGAUUGUGAUAGGGUGAUGGUGCUGGAUAAGGGCGAGAUCGUCGAGUUUGACGAUCCGAGAGUUUUAUUAGCUGACAAGGGAAGUUUGUUUUAUUCGAUGAAGAAUCAAGCGAAUGCUAGUUGAUUGAGGGGAUGUAGUAUUAGUAUAUUGUUUACCAAUAAAGUAUUAUAUUAA